AUGAGAAAACCCGCCUUCAUUUUCGACGGCAGACUGAUACUCGAUCACGAACAACUACGCCAAAUUGGCUUCUAUGUCAAGGCUAUAGGCAAACCUAAUGAUAUAGGCAGAUAUGAUCCCCUCCCUGGACCCGUUCCGAGAUAA